GCCGCCGCCGCCGCCGCCACCCGGGCGACGCCGGGGGCAGACGCACUGCAGAGGUGCCGGCAGGUUCCGCCCGCGGAAGUCUCCUCGGCCGGCGCAGCCCGCGCUCCGCCCGCGCCCCGGCUUCGGCGGGCGCCCCCUCGACGCCUCGUCGGCCGCCUCAGCUCCGGCGCGCCCGCCCGCGCCCUCGCUUCGCCCCCUCUCCCUCCUCCCCGUCCCCUCGCCUGCCUUCACCUCUUCCCUCCGCACCUCCCCUCGGCUCGGUUUCCUCCCCCAUCCCCUUGACUCUUCCCCUCCCUCUGCCCUCGCGCUCUCUCCUCCGCUUCGCCCUCAGCGCGGCCCCCGCCAUGACGGAGGCGGGUGCCGGUGCCGUUGCCGCCGCCGCCGCCGCCGUCGCAGGGGGGGAGUCGGGUUCCCAGAAAGUAGCUUGAUGAGUGUCCAAAGUAGCAGUGGAAGUUUGGAGGGGCCGCCAUCUUGGUCCCAGCUCUCCACGUCUCCAACCCCGGGUUCGGCGGCGGCGGCCAGGUCCCUGCUGAAUCACACGCCGCCAUCCGGGAGGCCCAGGGAAGGUGCAAUGGAUGAACUUCAUAGUCUGGAUCCAAGAAGACAAGAAUUAUUGGAGGCUAGAUUUACAGGUGUAGCAAGUGGGAGCACUGGGAGCACUGGCAGUUGCAGUGUUGGAGCUAAAGCCUCAACAAAUAAUGAAAGCUCUAAUCACAGUUUUGGAAGCUUGGGAUCUUUAAGUGACAAAGAGUCGGAGACACCAGAGAAGAAGCAAUCGGAAUCAUCCAGGGGAAGAAAGAGAAAAGCAGAAAACCAGAAUGAAAGUAGUCAGGGAAAAAGUAUUGGGGGACGUGGCCACAAAAUUAGCGACUAUUUUGAAUACCAAGGUGGGAAUGGCUCAAGUCCAGUAAGAGGCAUACCUCCUGCAAUCCGUUCUCCUCAAAAUUCACAUUCACAUUCCACUCCUUCCUCAUCUCAUCCUCUUCUAGUUCCUUGUCAACAGGUUCGACCGAAUAGCCCUUCUCCUACUGCAUUAGCUUUUGGGGACCACCCUAUUUUACAACCAAAGCAGUUAUCUUUUAAAAUUACUCAGACUGAUCUCACAAUGCUGAAAUUAGCAGCAUUAGAAAGUAAUAAAAAUCAGGAUCUAGAAAAGAAGGAAGGUCGCAUAGAUGACUUGCUCAGGGCUAACUGUGAUCUCAGACGGCAAAUAGAUGAACAACAAAAAUUACUUGAAAAAUACAAGGAACGAUUAAAUAAGUGCAUAUCAAUGAGCAAGAAACUGCUUAUUGAAAAGAGUACGCAAGAAAAACUGUCAAGCAGAGAGAAGAGUAUGCAAGACAGAUUACGCCUUGGGCACUUCACAACAGUUAGACAUGGUGCUUCAUUUACUGAACAAUGGACAGAUGGCUUUGCAUUUCAGAACCUUGUAAAGCAGCAAGAAUGGGUGAACCAACAAAGGGAAGACAUUGAAAGACAAAGGAAACUUCUGGCCAAACGCAAACCUCCCACUGCUAAUAAUUCUCAGGCACCCUCUACCAAUUCAGAACCAAAACAGAGGAAAAACAAAGCUGUCAAUGGAGCAGAAAAUGAUCCCUUUGUUAGACCGAAUUUACCACAACUGUUGACUUUGGCAGAAUAUCAUGAGCAGGAAGAAAUUUUCAAACUUAGACUAGGACAUCUCAAAAAGGAAGAAGCAGAAAUUCAGGCAGAACUUGAACGUUUGGAAAGAGUCAGAAAUCUUCAUAUUCGAGAGCUUAAAAGAAUAAACAAUGAAGAUAAUUCUCAGUUCAAAGAUCACCCAACAUUAAAUGAAAGAUAUUUAUUACUUCAUCUGCUUGGUAGAGGUGGCUUUAGUGAAGUGUAUAAGGCUUUUGAUCUUUAUGAACAAAGGUAUGCAGCUGUGAAGAUCCAUCAGCUUAAUAAAAGUUGGAGGGAUGAGAAGAAGGAAAACUACCACAAACAUGCCUGUAGAGAAUAUAGGAUACACAAAGAACUGGAUCAUCCCAGAAUAGUCAAACUCUAUGAUUAUUUCUCCUUGGAUACAGACACGUUUUGUACAGUGUUAGAAUACUGUGAAGGCAAUGAUUUGGAUUUCUAUCUGAAGCAACAUAAAUUAAUGUCAGAGAAAGAAGCUAGGUCUAUUGUAAUGCAGAUUGUAAAUGCACUAAGAUAUCUCAAUGAAAUCAAACCCCCUAUUAUACAUUAUGAUCUAAAGCCAGGAAAUAUUCUUCUGGUAGAUGGAACAGCAUGUGGAGAAAUUAAAAUCACUGAUUUUGGUCUAUCCAAGAUUAUGGACGAUGAUAGCUAUGGCGUAGAUGGAAUGGAUCUAACUUCCCAAGGAGCAGGCACUUACUGGUAUUUACCUCCUGAGUGUUUUGUAGUUGGAAAAGAGCCACCAAAGAUUUCCAACAAGGUUGAUGUCUGGUCAGUCGGAGUCAUCUUCUUUCAGUGUCUGUAUGGUAGAAAGCCAUUUGGUCACAACCAAUCUCAACAAGACAUUCUUCAAGAAAAUACAAUAUUAAAAGCCACAGAAGUCCAGUUCCCUGUAAAACCAGUUGUAAGCAGUGAAGCAAAGGCCUUUAUAAGACGCUGUUUGGCAUACCGAAAAGAAGAUCGCUUUGAUGUACACCAGUUGGCAAGUGACCCAUACCUUCUCCCGCACAUGAGAAGAUCCAAUUCUUCAGGAAACUUACACAUGGUCGGGCUGACAGCAUCCCCUACACCUCCUUCUUCAAGCAUAAUUACUUACUGACUCUCCUUCAAAUUGGCAUGAUACCUUUGAAUUGCUUCCAGAUGUAUACUUGAGUUUGAGAACACUUUGAGUGGGUUUUUGUUGUUGUCGUUGUUGUUCUUGUUGUUACCAUUUUUACAGAGGACAUGGUUGAGAACUGAAGUUCUUCAUAAUACAUCAUUGGGUAUGAGAUGGAUCAUGGACAAUGAAUAAAUAUACUUUUGACUAUAACUUUGAGCAAUGACUGCCUGUUGUACAAAAACAGGAAGACCAUGUUAAAGAAGAAAAAUCAUUACUUUGGGAAAACACUGUAAAUAACGUUUAUAAUACAUUUGGUUGAUGUUAGAGAGUCCUAAUAUGAAGGAAGGGUAGUUUUUCAUUAUUUAAAAACACAUUUAAAAAAUGAGACAUUUCUAACAUAGGAACUAUAGUGCCUGGAUACAUUCUUCAGCAUUCGGCAGUUAAUCUGCUGAAACCAAAGUAAGAACUGAAUGACAGUGAAAGUUGUAUUUUAUAGAAAUAGAAUGUGAGAGUUAGAAUCUUUGGACAAAAUUAGACUUUGUCAUUUGCCUGUUAUGGCUUUUACCAAGUUGUACCUCGAAAUCACAUGUCCGUUUUUCUUCACUGGUUAUGUAACAGGAGAGCUACUCCUACAUACUUUACACCUUGGACAAAAUGAGCUGCUUGUUUUGAAAUCAGUUGAAUCCACUAAAUUGUAAUAUCUCCAGUGCUUUCAACAGAUACUUUUCUUUUAUCACCAGGCCUUGUUCAUUUUAACAGAUGACAGUAUGUAACCAAAUGUAGACCAGUUCUAUGCAGGAUAAUGAAAUUCCCUUCUAGCUCUAUUGUAAAUUGUUGUACAGAUGUCAUAAUUCAAUUACCAAAUUUCAGCAGCCUAUUCUUGUACAAAUGUUUAAAAAUAUGGCUUUUCUAAUUGGAUAUUGUAUUUUUUUUAAGUCUUCUUGAAGGCGCUUUAAUUGCUGCUAAAUGAUGUUGCUUCUUUGCUAAUCAAAUGACCUCCUUAAAGGUGCAAGUUGACUGUACAUCAUAGAGAGAUAGGAAAAACAGGCAUUUACUCAUUAAUAAUCACGGCAUGUAAAAGUGAGCCAUAUGGGGCAUAGAGAUUUCUCUAAGUCAGUUCCUUGGGUUCUAGGACUCCAGAGUACAUAUGUGCUAGAUUUAUAAAUCCUUUGUGGUUAUUCUACGUCCUAGAAGAUACCAAGCAAGGUAGGAUGGCCAUCCUAAUAAACAACAAAUUUCUUGUGGUUUGUACAGAUUUGUUAAAAUGUGAACAUUUCUAACUGCCCUGUAUGAUAGAAAGAAUUUUUCAGGAUUCUGUAUUCCACUCCUAUGAGGAUCUCUCUUCACUGUCACAGUCAUAAUGCUGAACUCAUAUAUAUAAGUUGUUCAUGCUGCCAAGAAAAAGGAGGUUGUGCUCGCCACAGAUUCUCUUUAAUGUUGUACAGUUGAACUUAGGCUCUUAUUUCUGAUGUUACAAGCCAUUUUGUGUGUUUUUUUCUCAUUGUACAUAGACACAUUGUCUCUUUACGAUGCUGCUGAAAUUGUAGAGAAUGUAGCCAAAACAGUAAUAAAACAAUGAGUAAUAAACAAUGACAGUUAAAAUUUAAAAGACUGAAAAUUACAUUCAAAGGGAGCUUUCAAGAUUCAGGCUAUUGAUUGAUAUGGCUCCUUUAAAAAAUCUGUUGAAUAUACUUCUUUUGAAGUAUAUUUAAAGAAUUGAUAAACUAGUAAACUAAACCUAAUAAAGUAUGAAUGCAAACUUUGCAUAGGGGAGGCCCAGAUUCAGUUCCCCAAACCAAAACAAAAAAUAGGCCUGGUAUUUUUACUGCCUAAUGCUGGGUGACACUAGCAGGAGUGAAUUAACGAAUAUACUCUGUAGAGUGAGGGAGAAAUCCUAAUCUAAAAAAAAAUCAUUGACACAGUAAUGAAACGAUAGCUUUAGGUAAUGCCCAAAAUUUUCAAAUUUCAUUCAGUUUUCACCUUUCUGAAUCAAAGUACCAUGUGUUUCAUAAUAAACCUGAAUUAAAAGAAUAUGCCCAGUUUCAUUAAAUUCUGGUGAGCUAUUGAGUCGACAUGUAAAUUUAAUAUGAGGUUGAAUAGUCCCAAAAACCAGACAAGGAAAAUCCCAUAAAAUGAAACUCCUUUCCCUUACCUAGGUUUACAGUAAAUAAUCAUUUCUCAGCCUUUUGGAUAAGAUCAAGUGUAGAAUCAAAGUUGUACAGAUGAUUCAACUUACCAACCCUUCCUCUUAAAGUUUUUCUUUUAAAGUGCUGUAAGUUUUCAAUAAGUAAUAUACCAGUAACCCAGCAAGUUAAAAAUAGCUAACUGAAUAAUUAUCUUCUCGUGGGAAUUGGUCUUUAUCACCAAAUAAUUUUAGUCACUGACAAUCUGAUUCUAAUAUCUUUUGAAGCUUAAAUUGAUUUUUCUGAACUUAAGAAUUUUGUCCUCAGAAUUUAAUAAAGCAUAUCUUAAUCUCUGAGAUAAUAGCAAAGGUCUUACCUCCCUUUAAAAGUUAGCACUGAUAUAAUGAAAAAUGUACAGGCUUUUGCAACUAUUUUUUAAAUCUUAUUUUGAUGUGAAUUAACUACUUGAGUGUGUAUGUGUAUGCGUGUGUGUGCACAAAGUGAGUAUAAGGCGAGGCGGAGGAAGGGUAGCAACCAUCUCAAUAAGUUAGAAAUUGAUUAGGUACUUGAUUUUUUUUUUAAUAAAAACUUGAUCUAAUAUUUUUCUUA